UCCCAUGAUCCCAUCCACAUUUCUGUUCCAAAAACCCGUUGUUCCGUUGAUGAACCCAAACAUAAUAAGUGAAUAAUUCCUUUCCACAUCUAAUGUCUUUCCUCGUUCCGAAGCCUGGUGUCGGUUCUUCUUCCAGAUCAGAUCACCGCCGACUGCUGGUCGCCAAAUCUCCCCGACGCGAAGACCCCUUAUUCCUACCGAAGGAAGUACUCCUCCAUCCCUUCAAAAUACAGCUCACUACUUGCUAGUAGCUCCUUCCUUUUCAGUCCAACCAUCCGUUUAAUUAGUCGGCAAUCUCCUCCGUCCAUUAAGAAUUGAUUGCUGCAGUGUUCUCGGUGAGUCUAUUCCCACUACCCCGGCAAAGCCAAUGUCUGAAAGGGCCACUUUCAAUCGGAUUCUCGUUCUCCCUCAACAAACUCGCGAUCCCGCAAAAGUAAUUCGCGCUCCCACCAAAAUGAAUUCGCGUUUUAGCGAAUUGGAGCGUGAGCGUGGGCCUGGAACCCACGAAUUGGGUAUCCUAAGGCCGGCGCCAUCGGGACCAACAGACCUGUUGAAAUGAGAAAGCGCCGAAAGCCCGGGAGGUUGAGAGCAAGAGUGCUCUCCGAUGGGAAGCGGAAGGGGAAGCGAUCAGCUCGCCGGAGUUGCCGGAGCUCAAAAUCAACGGCAAGUAUAUCCCGACUGCUAAUCGAUCUCGUAUUACAAAGCUAAGCUGCUUUCGCUAAUUAGUUUGACUUCUCUGUUGUCAUCGUUUAAUUAUUAUUUAAUCACUUCAUUAUCUUGGAAACUUCCGUCCGAGUUGCUGCUUAGAAACCGUCGACCUUGUAUGCAUCAAACAAAAACCCCAUCACGAUCCCCUUAUCUUCUGUAAUUUUGUUUUCCAGUGUUUGAAGGUUUCUUCAGCAGACGUGGAAUUGAGUUGGGUUACCUUCAAACAAUUAUUUUUUGAAGUAAGUUUCCUGGAACAUCCAUGAUCGAAUUUAAUAAUUAAUCUAAUGACUGUACAUUGUAUCAUGGAAUCUCUUUCUGGUUUGAAAACUAAUAUGGCUCCUUUGACAAUUUCUUAUAUCCUCUCUUCUGCACAAAGUCUUUCUCAUUGGUCACUUAAGUAAAGGAACAAUCUUCCCGUUGGUUUUCAUUUGCUCUGCUUUCUGAAAGCCUGGCACACUCUCAUUCUUAUAUCUCAUAAAAAUAGCCAUGGAUGCUGCUGCUGCUUUAAUUGGAGGAUCAUUCCUUUCUGCCCUUUUCGAUGUCUUGUUCGACAGGAUGGCUUCUCCUGAGCUACUCCAUUUCAUCAGGGGCCAUAAACUCAAUCAUGGCAUGCCGAACAAGUUGGAAAUGAUAUUUAACUCUGUGUGUGGAGUGCUUGAUGAUGCAGAAGAGAAGCAGAUUAGCAAGCCAUCCGUGAAGAGGUGGCUCGACGAUCUCAAAGACGCAACGCUUGAAGCAGAUGACUUGUUGGAUGAAAUAUCUUAUGAAUUCAAGCGGUUGGAGUUGGAACCUUAUUUGGGAUCUCAGUCCCCCACCACUGCAGAAAAGGUGCGAAACUUCAUCUCUCAGCGUUCUUUCAGAGAUGGCACUAACACAAAGUUGAGAGGUAUCCUUGAGACGCUGGAAGAUUUGGUAACGCAGAAAGAUGUCCUUGGUUUGAUAGAAGGAAUUGCAAGAAAUUCAUCGUCUCAAAACAGGACGACCACUUCUCUGACUGACGGAUCAACUGUUCAUGGUAGGGAGAAUGAUGUGGAAGCCAUAAUUCAGUCUCUCCUAUCAAAUGCAACAACAGGUGGUACCAAUGGUGAUGUUGGUGUGAUUCCAAUUGUGGGUAUGGGUGGGAUUGGUAAAACCACCAUUGCCCAGCUUCUCUACAAGGAUAGCAGAGUCAAAAAAUGGUUUGAACUCAGGGCAUGGGUAUGUAUUUCGGCGGAGUUCGAUGUCUAUAAGGUGUCAAAGGACAUUCUUGAAGAAGUCUGUGGGAGGAGUUCCGGCUGCACAACUCUCAAUCAACUUCAACUCGGGUUGGGGAAGGCAUUUGAAGGCCAGAGGUGUUUGCUUGUGUUGGAUGAUGUUUGGUAUGAUAAGUGUGCCGCUGAAUGGGUUAACUUGCUUAAACCCUUGCAGUCCAUGGCACCUGGAAGUAUGAUAAUUGCGACAACCCGAAGCCAUAGUGUAGUUUCUGUUCUUCGCACGGUGCCAACUAUUAAAUUGCUUCCACCUCACAAUCUACAGAUACUAGAUGAUGAGGAUUGUUGGUCUCUGUUUGCUCAGACUGCUUUUGAUGGUGGGUAUUCAAGUGGGCGGAGGGCAGACUUGGAAGGGAUUGGCAGGGAAAUAAUGAAGAAAUGUAAUGGCUUGCCUUUAGCUGCAAAAACACUUGGUUGUCUUCUUCGUGCUGAUGCAGAUGUAGACAAAUGGCAGAAUAUAUUGAAGAGCAACAUAUGGGAUUCAACAAGUGAUGACAGCAUUCUUCCAGCACUAAUCUUGAGUUAUCGCUAUCUUCCAUUGCAUCUAAAACCUUGCUUCGUGUACUGUGCAAUAUUCCCCAAAGACUAUGAAUUUGAGAAGGAAGAAUUAGUUCGUUUAUGGAUGGCAGAGGGUUUCGUGAUCCAAUCAAAAGGAAGCAGGGAAAUGGAAGACACUUGUUCUGAGUACUUCAACGAUCUUGUAUCAAGAUCGUUUUUCCAACAAUCAGGUGAACAUAAUUUGUGCUUCAAAAUGCACGAUCUCAUACAUGACCUGGCCAAAUAUAUUGCUGGAGAAUUUUGCUACAGAAUGGAGGAUGCCAAAUCAUUCAAGGUUGCAGGAAGAACUCGGCAUCUAUCAUAUGCAAGGGCAGAACUUGACACCAGUAUCAUAUGGGAGGGCAUAAAUAAAGCUAAACAUUUGAGGACCUUGUUGCCAAUAGAUUGGUCGAAAUGGUGCAGCUAUGAAACCGAAUCCAUGGAUGACAAGGUACUCCAAAACAUAUUCUUGAAACUUACACGACUGCGGGUGCUAUCUUUAUCUGGUUAUAGAGUGACCAGGUUGCCUGAUGCAAUUGGUGACUUGAAACACUUGAGAUAUCUGAAUUUCUCCCGAGCAGUGUUCCACAAGUUGCCUGAUUCACUCUGUAGAUUGUAUAAUUUGGAAAUUCUGAUUUUGCAAAAGUGCAAAAACAUUCAGGCUUUGCCUGAUAUGAUUGGCAAAUUGAAGCAACUGCAGAUCAUGGAUAUCAGUGGAACUCAAAUUAGAAGACUUCCAGAUUCUUUUGUUGGUUUAGUUAACUUAUGUAGCCUAGAUGUUACAGAAACUAUGCUGCAAGAGAUGCCACUAGAAAUGAGUAACUUGGCAAACCUCCGGAGUUUAACUGACUUUGUUUGUGGAGCUCAUAGAGGUUCUGGCUCUGGUAUUAAGGAGAUGGGGGGCCUUCAACAUCUCUCAGGAACACUUCGAAUAUGGAAUCUCCAAAAUGUCACAGAUUAUCAAUCCGCUUUUGAAGCUAGUUUGAAGACGAAGAUCCACAUCAGCAGAUUGGAGUUGAGAUGGAAUGGAGAUACCGAUGAUUCACUACAUGAAAGGACCGUGCUGAAGAACUUGGAGCCACAUAUGAACUUGGAGCAUCUAUUGAUUGAAGGUUAUGGAGGAACAAGUUUUCCGGGCUGGGUUGGACGUUCUUCCUUCACACAUUUACUAUCUCUGGAACUUACUGGGUGUAAAUACUGCUCCUCCUUACCACCACUCGGGCAGUUAACAUCUCUCCUGAAACUAUCCAUCAAAGCAUUUAUGGAGGUUGUCACGGUGGGUCCGGAGUUCUAUGGCACCACAAAAAUCCCAUUUGGAUCCCUCAAAACUUUGAUAUUUGAACAGUUAACUGAAUGGACCGAGUGGAUUCCUUAUGACGGAGGUCAGGCAUUCCCAGUCCUUGAGGAACUCUUCAUCAGACAUUGUCCCAGCCUUAAGAAAACCCUCCCUUCCCACUUUUCCUCUCUAGAAAGACUCGAGAUAAGAGGAUGCCAGGAGCUCAGAUUAGCUUCAGUUCCAUGGGCUUCAAACAUAAUCUCAAUGAGAUUGAAGGACGAUUCACGUGAUGUAUGGCUCGAGAUGCUGACACACGGAGUCCACCGUCUCAGAGUUCAAGUUGCCCAGGAUUUGCUAGACGACAUGGAGUUGGUUCUCGAUCUCUCUAAUACUCUGCAAGAAAUUAUGGUUAGAGACUGUAACUCAAUUCGAUACAUGCCACUGGAGUUUUUCCCCAAAUUGAAAGUUGUUUCAAUCAAUGGAUGUCAAACCUUAGUAUCCCUUUGGAGACCUGAUGCUGCAAACACAUCGGACACUUUAGAGCAUCUCAAGUUCCUAGAGAUUUCAAAGUGCCCUAAUUUCAUCUCAUUUCCUGUGGGAAGGUUACAUGCCCCUAACAUGACCCAGCUCAUAUUGUGUGAUUGCACAAGCUUAAAGUCUCUAGCCGAACCUAUGCACUCUCUUCUCCCAUCACUAGUGGAGCUCUUCUUGGAUAACUGUCCAAAGCUGGAGUCUUUCCCUGAAGGUGGUUUACCCCGAAAUUUAGAGACUCUGAACAUUAAUGGCUGUGACAAACUCAUAGCAGGUUGGAGGAAGUGGAACUUGCAAUUGUUGUCAUCUCUUUUGAACCUCGUAAUUGGUCAGAAUGAAGGAUUGGAAUCUUUGCCCCUGGAGAGAAUUCUUCCAUGCUCUCUGAACUCUUUGAAAAUCAGGAAUCUACAGAAUCUGCGAUCUCUUGGAGAAGGCCAACAUCACAUCUCUAUCAAGAAGCUUGAAAUCAAGGACUGUCCUCUGUUGGAAUCUUUUUGCAUAGGCAGUCUCUUCCCUUCACUGGUGUCGCUUGAAAUCAAAGGUUGUGACAAGCUCAUAGCUGGACGAACUGGGUGGCAUCUGCAAUCAAUUUUCUAUCUUGAGGAGUUACAUUUGAGUGCCAAUGAUAAUAUGGAGUCUUUUCCCGAGGAGAUGCUUCUGCCAACCACUCUUACAUCGAUCUUCUUGUGGAACCUUCCAAAUUUGUCUCGUCUCAACUACCACAAGCUCAAACACCUCACUUCUCUUAGAGAACUGAAGAGCUGGAACUGCCCCAAGCUCGAGUAUGUUCAUCCUGUCGAUGGGCUCCCCUAUUCUCUUUCAUCUCUACAUAUCAACAACUAGUAGUCCGCAACUGAGCCAAGGUGUCAAGAGGCAUUACUAUUCUUCUGGAAUUGAUCAUCAUCAAUUUUGUCACGUUUUUCUACUUUCAAACUGUUGUUUUUUCAGGUGCCUCUUUUUUCUUCCAUCUGGUCGAUUUCUUCUUUACUUUUGCUUUUGUGGCUGCUACCUCCGUUUCUGUUUUCAAUGUUUUUAUUUUCUUCUCCCGUUUUGUUUCAGUUUGUUAGUUGUGAGAUUAGUCUCUGCCGGAAUGUCAAGCUCGUCGAUUGUGGAGACGUUGCCAAAGUGUGGUUGAGUUUCGACUCUGCGAGAGGAACAAAAUGCUUUCUGGGAAGGGCGUCAAGCAUCCAAAUUAUAAGAAGACGGAACCGCCAUUGUCAGCUUGACUUUCCAGGUUUGUGGUUCUUAUUCCGCUCAUCUCUUUGUAUUUGGUUUCUACUCAUCUCUUGAACUUUAAGCUGGACCCAGUAGAAAAUAUGAGAUCUUUAGUCAGGUUUAGUUUGAUUUUUUGAGCUGGUUUUACUGACUUGCCCAUGGAUUUACUCUAUCUACUUUGUGGUUAAUGAAACCUUUGAGCUCGUAGCAUUUGCUCUAGGAACGUGGUGUGAAUUUUUCAUGUUUAUUCUAUUUGAUAGAAAAAUCAGGGGUAUUCAAGGGUUGAGUGGGUAACAUGCUCAAGAAAGAUGGUCUCUUGUGUUUGCUUUCUCUAAUUUAAGCCGGUUUGGCACCUUCACUUGCUGCAUAGGAUGGCGUCAUUCUUGGAGCAGAUACUAGAGCCACUUCUGGACCCUAUCGUCUGUGACAAGAAUUGUGAGAAUAUCCAUUUUAUGGCGCCCAAUAUUUACUGCUGAGGAGCAGGAACUGCUGUCGAUACCGAGCCGGUCACAUGUAUGUCCAAGUUGUCGAAGUUAUUGUUAAUGCUACAUCCAUGUAUAACUUCACUUCACAUUAUUGCGCUUUUAAGUUUUCUUCUCAUUUAGCCUUUCAACUACCCAGUUUAAAUUACGCUGUGGAUUGUUUUUUUUUUUUUUUUUUUGUGCAGAGAUGGUCAGUUCACAUCUGCAGUUGCAUUUUUAUCACACUGGUUGGGAGUCGAGGGUUAUUACAGCAGUCACUCUCCUGAAGAAGCAUCUUUUCAAGUAAUCCGACUGCUACGUUGAGUACCUUAUUCUGCUUGCGCUUUGUUCUUCAAUUAUCAAGGCCACAUCUUGGCUGCUUUGGGCUUGGCGGUGUUGAUAGCAUUGGACCUCAUCUCCAUACGGUGCGAGUCUUCUUCUUUUUGGCAGAAUGUGUAUGGCUUUCUCUUUAAUAUGACUUCUGAGUUCUGAGGAGAUCUGUAUGUUGGUUUGAUGUAUUAAAUUCUGUCCUUUACAGAUAUACUCACUUUGCUUUUUGCCACUAUGGGUUCUGGUUCUCUUGUUAAAUGUGCACAUACGGUACUUGUUACUAUUGAUAUGAGCUUGGAUUGCUUCCAUUCCAAGUUAGAAUUGUUCGUUCAAGAAGUUAAGCUAACUCAUUUGCACAAUCUGAGUUUUGGCCAAGUAUUAUGAUGAGUUCAGGUAGCCGACUUUGUGAGCUCGAACCUUCCAAUUGGGUUGAUAGAAAUUCGAGGUUAAGGUGUUAUUUUGAAGAUAAAACACUUCCUCUACAAGAUGGCAUGGGAUUCGGGUUCAUACAAGGUCGUUAAGGCUGUGUUUCAAGGCCUCAAAGUAGCUGUCUCAAAACUGGCAAACUGGCAGAAUUUGGCUAAGUCUGGAAGCAUGGUCAGGAAGGUCACUUUGGAGCUACAUUCAGGGAAGAUGGGUUCGAAUCAGGGAAGGAUCUUUGUACCACAUAAAAGUGUGUUUGUUUGUCUACAGAAGCAAGGUAUUGGCUAAGGAGAUGGAGACCUGGAGGCAUGUGAACGUGAGGUUUUGAACCUGUUUUGGAGGCAGCUUACGUGAGCUACAAGUUUUGGGUUUUAUGGAUGAUUUGGGAUUCCUUUUCUGUUUACCUUUAAACGUAGUAGGAUUAAUUAGCUUUCCUUGUUUGUUUUGUACUCGAAUUAGGUUUCAGUUUGCUUAUUUAAAGACCUACAAACUCCAUUGUAAUAGUUGGACGUUAAUCAAUUCAGAACUUGUUCAUUGAGUUUUCAACUCGUGGAUUGUCCUUGUUGCUUGGUUCAAAUCGCCAACAACGAGCGAGCCAUGUAUCGAUUGAGUCAUCACCUCAAUCGUGAUCAGAUUGCUACCUUGAAUUCGGUUGAGCCUCUUCCCCGUGCGUGGUGUUGAAGUUGCACUCCUAACCAUCUUUCCAUUCCCCUGUUACUCUGUUUGCUGGUUAUAAAUCCGAUUUCUAAGU